AUGGCAGCUACUGAUUUAAAAGAAAACGGUAAAAAGAAAAGUGUCUUUACAAAAAAAAAUAUUAUCAUUACUAUUUCUCUGGUAGCUAUUCUUAUAUUAGUGAUUGUAAGUGUAAGGGUAAGCUUAGGUAAUAUUGCUGAAGAGUUUGAAGGUGAAAAAAUCACGAAAGCUAAAACAGUACUUGGUCAAUUAUCAGUAAUCCCAAUACAAAAAUCUGAUACAGAAAAAUUAAAGGGUUAUAAUGAAGACUUCAAUAAAAACACAGAUUGGAAAGAUAAUGAGUUGAUUUUAAGUAAUUUAUGCGACUUUGCGACACUUCUUCUCAAAUAUUACAACGAAAAACCUGAUGAUACAGAAUCUAAAGAAUAUCUUAAGUUCGCAAAUAACGUAAUAAAAAAAAUAGACUCGAAAAUUUUCAAACCUAAAAAUUAUUCUAUCAUCGCUAAGUCCAGAAAUUACUCCCUAUUCUGUUCUUUAACGAGAUUAUUGAAUACUUUCGAAUAUUUCGCUGACGAUUCGUACCGCGACACUAAGAUCAUUUGUCAUAAUCAAAUACUACAUAUGAUACCAGACUUCAAUAAACUGCACUUGGAUGGAGUUACAGAUUCUAAUAUUGGUGGAUAUUUGAAGGGUUGUGAGAGUAUUUAUACAAUUACAGCGCGAUUAUUGACAAACGCUAUUAGUAAUAGAGAUUUGUACAAUGUGGACGUUAAGAAUCGGGGGGUGAUCAAAGUACUCAAAGAGCAAUUCGCUGUUCUCUCCAAUGAUGCCGAAAAGAAAAACAAUUUCAAUUUAUAUCCAUACUAUUACAAUAUGUAUGAAAUUUUCAGUAGUGGGCAAUCCUAA